AUGAUGGAAUACAGGCUCUCGAUUUGCGGCAAAUUAUGCUAUGCAAUAGGAGGUGCCCCAAAUCAAGUGGCAGGGAGCGCUGCUGCUUUCUUCCUACAGAUCUACCUGCUAGAUAUAGCCCAUAUUACUCCGUUUCAUGCCUCUUUGGUGCUGUUCAUUGGCAAAGCCUCAGGUGCAGUUACUGAUCCUGUUGCUGGCUUUUUUAUUAGUAAAAGUAGAUGGACAAAAAUUGGCCGGCUCAUGCCUUGGAUGCUGGCAUGUACACCCUUCACAGUAGUAUCCUAUUUUUUUAUGUGGUACCUGCCUCCUUUUGUAUCGGGAAGAGUUGCAUGGUACCUGACUUUCUACUGCCUUUUCCAAGCACUGACCACAUUAUUCCAAGUACCAUAUUCUGCCCUCACCAUGUUUCUCAGCACAGACCAGAAGGAGAGAGACUCUGCAACAGCAUACCGAAUGACCAUGGAAGUGCUUGGGACCUUGAUUGGAGCUGCACUGCAGGGGCAGAUUGUGGCCAGUGCUCAUGUCUCUCAUCACUGCACUGUGAAUCCCCCAGUAAACACAACCGACGCCUGGCAUGGCUCUCCCAGCUUUCCAGACCCCUCAGAUCCCCUGUCUCAUCAAGCAAAAGUUUAUAUGAUUGCAGCAGGGGUCAUAGGAGGUGUGUAUCUUCUUGGAAUUGUCACUCUUUUUCUUGGAGUAAAGGAAAAAGAUGAUCCUUAUGCCUUAAAUUCAGACAGAGCAAUUCCUUUUUGUAAGGGGCUUGGACUCACCAUGAAGCAUGGUCCGUAUGUGAAGCUUACGGCUUCAUUUCUUCUCAUCUCGACAGCAGUUCAGCUGGAGCAGAGCAACUUUGUCCUAUUCUGCACUCAUGCUGCUGAUCUUCGCAAUCACUUCCAGUAUUUGGUGGUGACCAUCUUGGUAUCAGCAGCUGUGAGCAUUCCCUUCUGGCAGAAGUUUCUGCAGCGAUUUGGCAAGAAGUGUGCAGCAUGUGGGGUUUCGUGGAUGAUUCCUUUUGCAGUCAUGCUAGUGACCAUUCCAAACCUGAUCCUGGCUUACUUCGUGGCCUUCAUCUCUGGUCUGAGCAUUGCAGCGUCUCUUCUGUUGCCAUGGUCAAUGCUGCCUGAUGUUGUUGAUAACUUUCGCCUGCAGAAUCCUCAUGGAAAAGGACAUGAAACCAUUUUCUAUUCUUCUUAACUUUUCUUUACGUCAGCAGUAAUUGGCUUAGGAAUUUCUGCAGCAGGACUGGAGUUUACUGGAUACAAGCCAGGGAUAUGCAGACAAUCCAACGACGUGAUCCUCACACUGAAAAUCCUCAUUGGAGCGGUCCCUGCUAUCCUCAUCCUCGUAGGAUUAUUUAUACUUCUUUUCUACCCAAUCACUGAAGAAAGUCGGAAAGAAACAAAGCUUGCGCUUGAAGUGUUAAGAAGGAGCCAUCAAAGCACAGAGAACCUGGAUGACCACAAAGAGGACACCUCGGUCUGA